AAUUUCUUUCACACUCAGGACUUCGGAGGGGUGAGAGAGAGCACUCCAUGCACUGAAGCGUAACGCCAAUGUUCUCCUGCUGCUCUGUGAGGAUGUCGCUGUUUGCCACGGGUUUUCUGCUAGUCGUCCUUCAGCCGUCCGCCGGGCAGUUCCCCAGAGCCUGUGCAAACACGCAGAGCUUGCUGAGUAAGGAGUGCUGUCCCCCCUGGGACGGAGAUGGGUCUCCUUGUGGGGAGCUUUCCAGCAGAGGGUCUUGCCAGAACAUCCUUCUCUCUCAGGCUCCGCUGGGACCACAGUUCCCUUUCUCCGGGGUGGAUGACAGAGAGGACUGGCCCUCUGUAUUUUACAACCGGACGUGUAAAUGUGAAGGAAACUUCAUGGGAUUCAACUGUGGUCAGUGCAAGUUCGGUUUUGCAGGGCUCAAUUGCACUGAAAGGCGACUAAGAACGAGAAGAAACAUAUUCCAGCUCACCACCAGUGAGAAGGACAAGUUUCUUGCUUACCUUAACUUGGCAAAGAACACCCCGAGCCAGGACUAUGUUAUUGCUACUGGCACAUAUACUCAGAUGAACAACGGCUCAAACCCCAUGUUCAGAAACAUCAAUGUGUAUGAUGUCUUUGUGUGGAUGCAUUAUUAUGCCUCUCGAGACACACUUUUAGGUGGGUCUAAUGUGUGGCGGGACAUUGACUUUGCCCACGAAGCCCCUGGUUUUCUGCCUUGGCAUCGUGUCUUUCUGCUGAUGUGGGAACGUGAGAUCCAGAAGAUAACAGGUGAUGAGAACUUCACCAUCCCCUACUGGGACUGGCGAGAUGCAGAGGACUGUGUCGUCUGCACUGAUGAAUACAUGGGUGGUAGACAUCCCACCAACCCUAAUUUACUCAGCCCAGCAUCAUUUUUCUCCUCAUGGCAGAUUCUCCUCAUUUCUAACAACACGAAUCUGGAUGAACUCUACCAAUUAAUUAGAUUGCAUUAUCAGAAUGAAGUGGAUCUGAUGCUGUUCUGCAUUGAGCUGAACAAAGAGCGACAUGAAAAUGGUACAAGUGUUGAAGUGGAUUAA